ACGUCGACCGUCGCCGCAGACCGCAGUCCCCGCGCUCACGUUCAGACUUACGUAUCUGCGCACCGCGUAUAUCGCGUAUCGUGUCGUCGUUGUGAUUUUUUAAGUACCUAUUGAUAUUGUUACAUUUUUUGUGUUGUGCGAAAUCGUUUUAAUCGCCGUAUUAAUUGUUUGUUCUGUUUUUUCCGAAUAAUUAAAGUGAGCGAUUUUGACUGAUUUGCUGUAUUGUGAUUUUCGCGGAUUUCACGCUGUCGUCUCUGCCGUCAAACCACAAUAACCUGCAGACGUAGGUGAAGGAUAAUAUUGUGCUCCGCAUAAAUAUACCUACAUAAAAUAUAUUAUAUUUACGCUUCGUAGGGUACAACGUUCUCUCGGGUUUUUUCGUUUUAAUUUUUGAUUCGAGUGUUUAUCGUCAUAUUACUGUAUUAUACUCAGUGGUCGUUGUGCAUGAUUAUUGGAAUUGUUUUCGAUCCGUCUGCGAUAUUUUAAUUAAAUGUGUCGGUCUCGCGUCGAGUGCGGACUAUGAGCUGCACAGAGGUUAUGUAUCAGGCGUAUUAUCCGUAUCUGUACCAGAGGUCUUCGGGCACGGCCGCUCCGCCUACUAGGGCGCCGCAUCAUCACUUCGCGCCGUUUACCCACCAAUAUGAUCGGUUGAGAGCGUUGGAAACGCACCAACAAGCGUCCACUUCUUCACCGAUUGGCGGCGGAGACUCACCGGCGAACAGAUGGACAACCAUUACAGAUCAUACUGACUCACACCACAGCAGCGUCGGAUCCGGAGCAUCCAGUGUGGGCCCUGUUGGUGGCAUCGCCAGCCCAGCAUCCUCACCGGCCACUGCCAAUAGUGUUUCGGUAGUACACAAAGAAGAAGACACAUCCAGAGACGAUGUUCGCACUGAAAUGGAUGAGGACGAGGAUAACGUGCAGGACGACUCAAGAACGCGAGGGGACAGGCGUACUGCCGCACACGCGCAAUACGUGUCUGUAAAUUGCGUGGUGUUCACCCACUAUACUGGCGACGUCGCUAACGUGGUAGAUGAACAUUUUUCCAGGGCGUUAAACAGCGAUCAAAAACUCAACAAUGCCCAUCAAACGUCGACCAAAGAUACUUCCCCAAUGUCUUCCAGAAACUUCCCAGCGUCGUUUUGGAAUAGUAAUUAUCACUCACAUCACUCCACUAGUCAAGUGUAUCAUCCCGACACAAUGUACCAUCAUCAUGGUACUGCUGGUAACCCCGCAGAUCCAUGGCAAACACAUUACCAACAAUAUACAGCUGCGGCUGCUCAUCACCAUCACAGGGCCGUGCACGAAUACCAUCACCAUCAUAAUAUGGCUGCCCAAUACGGCAGCCUACUACUACCGCCACCGACUUCGAGACUGGCGCCACCGCCGCCACCGCCACCUCCUCCAUCUAGUCACCCACAUCCACACCAGUAUCACGGCAAAGCUGGCAUGGAACCGUGGCCCAACAGCGCCCAUCAUCCGGCCUUGGAUACUGGCACGUCUUACUCGUCAUAUCCCACUGUUCCAGGUCUAGAAGCUCAAGUACAAGAGACGUCCAAAGAUCUAUAUUGGUUUUAAAUGUUUUGAUGAGAAUGUUUGUUAAAUUUCGGUAAAAUAUCAUUCUUCCGUUGUUAAUAUUGAAUAAGUGGUUUUUACGUGUGAAGUAAAUAGUAAUAGUUAUACUCAACAGUCGACACCUCAAGGUUAGGUGGCAAGCACCCUUCCUAUGUUCUUGAACACCAACAAUAAUUAGUCUUCGGCGGUAUGCUUCUAUACAAAGAACAAUUUAAAGACGAUAUGAUGUAUUACGAUAAUAGUUAUCAUUAAUAUGAAAUUAAGAUCAUGGCGAUAAACGCAAAAUUGAAUAAUUUUGUUUUGAAAAAACGUGUGUAUUAUAACUAUAUAAGCCGUGUUGUUUGACGUAGCUUUAUUGUAAGGUAUAUACUAAUAUUAUAAGGUAUAGAUAAACUAUAUAGUGCUAGAAAUUUAUAUGAUCACCAGAUUCUAAUUUAGCAGAUAUCCCAAAAUCUGGGUGAUUGGCAGUCAUAUUUUCCAACUAAACAUAUUUAAAUUAAAUUAUUUUACAUUUUUACUUUAUUACUAGCAACUGAGUAUUACACAAAAUACAUAUUUUACUGUUGGUAUAUCAACAAUUAA